AUGGCGCAGGGACUUUGGCCGGAUCAGGAGGGCAUGUCGCCCGAACUCAAUCUACCCCAGCAAGAGCGUGUCGAUCGUCAAAUGAUUCGACACCUGCUUGGUAAAUAUUCACGAGAGGAACUGGGACGACUGCUACAGGAAGAAGGGCGCCAGUCACCAUCUUCAUCAUAUGAGGAAAGAUCUUUUAUGUUAUCCAGCAGCAACAUGUCCAGCGGAAGCUCGCACGAUGAUUCAUCAAAUAUGUGCGACUCAACGAGCAGCAACAACGCAUUUUCAGAUACGUCGUCCACAUGUGGCAGCGUCACUUCCAACGUUUCACCUCGAGCGAGUACCAGUCGCAAGCGCAACGCAAGCCCGUCAACGACUCGAGCGAGCAUAGCCCUUACCGACGAAUCAUCCUGGGAUGCCGAGGACGCCACACCCACAACAGCAGCUCCCAAGCAAAAGGGCUCAUUUACCUGCGGAUUCUGUCUUGAGGAGGGCAUUCAGAAAACAUGUACACGCAAAAACGACCUGAAGCGCCACAUGGAAGAUUUCCACCACACAAACGCACAAUGGUUCUGCCGGCAUCGGGGCUGCCAGAUGGUCUUUGAUUGGCAAACGGCUUACAAGGCUCAUCUCAAGAACUCUCACGGCGGUUCGAGAAUGAAUCUUGACGAUGCCAAGGUUCCGCUGUGCCCCCAGACGGUGUUUGCGUGCGGUUUCGAGAACUGUCUCCAAGUUUUCGAGGCGCCAAGCGACGCGCAUGCGGGGCCUACCUUCAAGGAGUACGUGAGCCAUGUUGUCAAGCAUUUUGACGAGGGUGCAAGCAGCGGCCAGUGGAGCUACUCGGCGAGAAUGCGCAACCUUCUCCGUCAAUCCAGUGUCUUGAGUACCUGGUCACAGUCAUUGUGGCCAGAUGCUGACCCGAGUCGCCUGCGGUGGAAUUCCCAAACUAGCAGUGUUUUGAGAAAGCGCCUAGAAACCCGACAUCUUGGCGACCUUCAGUUCCUCGUCCAAUACGCUAUUGCGCUUGGCUCGAGCCCCAAUGGCGCCAUUCAGAACUUCCGUGCGGACUUUGUGACCCCAAUCCGCAGUGAGUGCCGCAUGGCGAUCCACGGCAACAAUCGAGCAGGUGUUCCAGCCGCGACGACCACUCCAGAGCCAGAUCACAUGGUUCAGUACGGCAUGUCGACAAAUGGUCCCAACCCAGCCAUGGUCGCAUACUACCAGCGACAGGCAUACAUGCCUCAGCCG